AUUUUUUGGUAGUAAACAAAAAUUUCCAAAACACCACGAGGUUGAGAACGAAUUACGGUGGUGAUGUUUAUUUGUUGAGUUUUAAAAGUACGAAAAUAUUAAAUAGUAAAAAUGAAAAGCCGCAAAGUGAAAGCAGUUGCAAAAAGCAAAGCUUUUAUGUCCAAAAAGCAAAAGAAAGGCAAUAUUCCUCUUGAUGAUUACAAUGAGAGUGAUGCAGAUGUUGAUGAAAAUGAUUUAUUGUAUAAUGAGCGUGAUCAUGAAGAUGAUGAUCUAUCAACUGAUGAUGAAUUAAUAAGACAUGAUGCCAGUAGUUCUGAAGAGGAAGAAGUUCUUCCUAUUACAGAUGAUGAAAAAGAAGAUUCUGAUGAAGCAGAUGAAGAAGAAGAUUUACCCAGUCGAGAUUACUGGGGCAAGAAAAAAUCAGCUUAUUAUGAUGCUGACUUUGUUGAUGAAGAUCGUGGAAAAACUUAUAGAGAAGAAGAUGCAGAAAAGGCAGCCUUAGAAGCCGAAGAAGCUUUGGCUAUUCAAAAGAGUGUUUAUAAUUGUAUUAAGACUGAUAAUUUUGUUGAGGCUUUUUUCAAAUCAGCAGAAGAUAAGUCAUCUGAAGAAAAGCCUGAAGAUACUUUAGAUAAAGAAGACAACAUAAAACUUUUAAAAAAAAGUUCACCUGAAUUAUUUGUAUUUAUUGAUGAAUUAAAAGAAAAAUCAGCUGAACUUAAAGAAAAAAUUUCACCAUUAUAUGCUGCUGUGCAAGAUGGAAAAAUAUCCGAUUCAAAGUUAUCAUCUUUUAUAAAUAAUUAUUAUCUUAUUUUAAUGCAUUAUUGUAUGAAUCUAAGCUUCUAUAUGGCCAUCAGAUCUAAAGGACCUGUGAUGUCGUCUCAUCCAGUCAUAAAAAGCAUAAAUACUUUUAAGAAUAUGGUGGACAAGUUAAAAGACUUGAAAAUAAGUCAUUCUAAAACAUUAGAAUGUAUUUUGAAUAAAUUAAAAAAUAAUGAAGAAAUAACUUUAGCCAAAAAGAAACCUGAAAUUAAGGAGAAGCUACCUGAUCAAAAUGGCAUUAGGAAGAAAUUCCUUGAAAUUUCACAGAUUGAAACAGCGAAAAGCAAUUUAAAAAAUAAAAAAAAAACCAAGGAAAUCAAGAGGAAGGAUAUUAUAUCUGAAGAACCUUCAGAUUCAGAGGCUGAAGAGAUGGAUGUUGAUGAGAAUACUAUGGAAGAAAUGCAACCAAAUGACCCCGAAGAAAUAGUCACAGAUGGUAAAAGAAAAAUUACAUAUCAGAUUGCUAAAAAUAAAGGUCUUACAGCAAAACGCAAGAAGGAAUCUAGAAAUCCACGUGUUCAUAAUAGAAUGAAAUUCAGAAAAGCUAAAAUUAGGAGGAAAGGACAAGUUCGUGAAGUUAUUAGGGAAACAAAACGAUAUGAAGGUGAACCUACUGGUAUAUCUACUCAUGUUGUAAGAAGUAUCAAGUUGAAAUAAAAUGUAUUUAUUGUACAUUCUGUAAUUAAUUAAAAGUUUUUAAUUUUUCCAUUUCA